GGUCCUUUGACAAGUUGGACGAGAUAUCUACCCUGUGCUAAUUCGGUUUCAUUCAAAAGCUCCCACCAUAUCAAGGAGCAUAAGAUACCUGCGGCAAAGAUGGCCCUCCGCCAAAAGCUCGCUGUCGUGACCGGCGGAGGCUCCGGAAUCGGCCGAGCGAUCGCGCACCGCUUCGCUCUCGAGGGCGCAACGUGCGUCCUGGUCGGCCGCGAUCCCACCAAGCUGCAGGAUGCCGUUAGAAACCUCCUUCCCCCGGUCAAGCCCUGGGAUGGUCCCUCACCCGGGCCCCGUGAUGGCAGCAACGCCGCCUUCUUUGCGCCCGAGACGCAUCAUUAUGCGUUUUCCGGCAAUGUGCAGGAUAGUCGUUUUUGGAAUAAACUGCGCCUUGAAUUUAAACAACUUGACAUCUUGGUAAACGCGGCAGGCGUGGCACAGAACAGUCUCCUCGUCAGGACCAAGAUUACCGACAUCGAGGACAUCAUCAACACGAACCUGGUCGGCACCACUCUCGGGUGCAGAGAGGCCUCUAGCAUGAUGAUCCGUCAAGGAGUCAACAGCAGGCCCGCCGACAAGUUCAAGGAGGCUGGCUGCAUCAUCAAUGUCUCCAGCGUCCUUGCCAACAAGCAGGGAGCCGGCGCCGCAGUAUAUGCCGCCUCGAAAGCUGGCGUCUUGGGUCUCACAAGAUCUUUGGCCGUAGAGCUUGGAAAGUACAAAAUCCGUGUCAACGCCCUGGUCCCUGGCUACAUAAACACGCCAAUGACUAACAGCAAAAGCUCAAAGCUGGGUCAAACCGUCAUUGACUCAAUACCCCUCGGCCGGAUGGGCUCGACCAAGGAGGUAGCCGAUGCCGCUCUCUUUCUGGCCACCAACUCGUAUGCACAUGGCUGCAUUCUCAAUCUCGAUGGAGGAUUGAGCGCGGUUUGAGAUGUGCAUCCAACCAGAGGUUCGGGUCGAGAGCUGUACGAUAAGAGGUGUACGAUAAUAGACUGUUCGCUGCAAAAGCUCUCAAUCCUCGUCGUCUGAAAUGACCAAGGCACCACCUUCGUCUGUGACUACGACAACGUCAUCGUCUCCGCCACGUAUCUUGGCUUUCUUCGGCUCCCUUCCGUUAGCAGCUUCAUCGGCUUCGCCGCCCUCGCGAGGUCGCUUGGGGUUUUUCUGCGUCUUCUCGUUGUCGCCCUCCAAAGUAAGGCUUGUGCCAUUCGAGACGACGGCCCCAUUUGAGGUCGGUGGCUGAGGUGGUUUCUUGGCGGGUUUCUUAGGGAUGUCCAGCUUUUUAUCAGGAUGUAAUGCUUGGAUUGCACUAGCGUUGUCAUCGGCAGUUUUUCUAACACCAAAACGUUAGAAAUGGGGCCAUUAACAGUCAUAUUUCCAGCAGUAGAAGAAUACUUACGGUGCUUCGAUAAGAAUAACCACGUUCACAAGCCC